AUGUUUGGCUCUUUGGAUAUUUUGCCUACGGGCCUUAAUUUAACAUUAGAUGAACAAGAUGAACUUGUUAAAAGUGUUGUCAAUUUUUUGGGACAUCGUAGGAGAGAUAAAUUUGCUUUUCCAUUACUUAUAACACUUUAUUCAUUUAUAUUUGCAACUGGAUUAACUGGAAACCUUUGUACUUGUUUUAUAAUAUGGAAAAGCCGUGACAUGCACACUCCGACAAAUUUUUAUCUUUUUUCACUUGCUGUUUCUGAUCUUUUAUUAAUUAGUCUUGGCCUUUCAGUAGAAAUGUACAACAUAUAUGAAUCAUGGCCUUGGAUUUUUGGUGAAGCAUUUUGUGUAUUUCGUACAGUCGUACUUGAAAUCGUUACAUCAGCAUCAAUAUUAACUGUUUUAUGCUUCACAGUUGAACGUUAUUUAGCUAUUUGUUUUCCGAUAAUAUCUCAAAAAGUACUUGGUGGUUUAAGUCGAGCAUUAAAAAUGAUUAUGAUUGUUUGGUUUAUAUCAUUCCUGCUUGCCGUUCCCUAUACAUUUACAGCUGGUGUUUUUGUUAGUGUAACCAGCGAUAUUCAUAAUGAAACAGUUCAAAUUCUCGACAGUCGUAUUUGUGCUAUACGUCCAGAUUAUUGGGAGCCUAUGCUAUAUUAUAUGGCAGUAACAACAUUUCUUGUUUUUGUCAUUCCAAUAUUUGUUAUAACUGUACUUUAUAUAUUAAUGGGUAUAACAUUAUAUAAAGCAAGUCGUCGUCCGCCAAAUGAUCAUCGUCAUAAGAAAAAUAUUACAAAACCUGAACAAAUAUUAUUGAAUCAAAAUGGUGAACAUCAUUUAUGGUCACGACAAAGUACUAUAGCAACAAUUAAAUCAAGAUCAACAAAAAAUCCAAGAAGAGCAGUACUCAAAAUGCUUGUGGCAGUGGUUAUUGCAUUUUUUAUCUGUUGGGCACCAUUUCAUACUCAACGCAUAACUGCGUUUGUUACACGUUUAUUGGAUAAAGCAAAUAAAAGUACAAUAUCGGAUGCAGCAACUAAAUUUCAAGAAAUUCUCUUUUUUACCUCAGGUAUUCUUUAUUAUUUAUCUGCUACUGUUAAUCCUGUAUUAUAUAAUAUAAUGUCAAAACGUUAUCGAAAUGGUUUUAAACGAACAUUAUGUCGUUGGACAGUUCCAACUCCAUCAACAUCAUAUAGAAAUGCUCGUUCAAAUGGUUAUAAUAAUAAUAAUAAUAAUAAUAAUAAUAGUCCCUUAUCUCCAACAUUAGCUUGUACAAAUAAUCUUCGUCAUCAACGAUUGACAUAUCCAAAUAAUAACGAUAGAAAAUCAGGAAAAAUAAAAAAUUCAUUUUUCCGUCGUCAUGAUAAUGUAUUUACAUUUUCAAUGUCAAAAUAUAAAUUUGUUAUUGGUUCACGUACAAAUGCUGGUCAUACAGGUGUUCCUAAUCGCUAUCAUCGUCGAACAUCAUUUCAUUAUCGUUUUUCUGCUGUUGAACAACAAGAACGUGAACUACAACAGCAACAACAAUUACAACAACAAUUACAACAAAAAAAAUAUUCGACAAGUCUUAUACAACACCCAAAGAGGUAUCAAGCAAAAUUUAUGCUAAAAUCUGGUUUACCACUGCCAACAACACCACCAAAUUCAUCAAUAAGUGAAUCAAAAACUUUACCGUCAUUGCCUAAUGGGAAUCAUAGCAAGCAUUAG